CACCUGUCCUCCUCGGGUCUCCGGCCCUGCUUCACCUGGCCUGAGACGACUCCGGCAGCCGCCAGAGCUUCCCCGCUCAGAGUCGCGAACGCCACUGUGCACGGCUGGGAUGGCGGUGACAGGAACGCUGGAGCCGGCGGGCCGCUGCCGCUGGGACGAGCCGGUGCGCAUCGUCGUGCGCGGCCUGGCCCCGGGGCAGCCGGUCACGCGGCAGCCGGUCACGCUGCGCGCGUCCCUGCGCGACGAGAAGGGCGCGCGCUUCCGAGCCCACGCGCGCUACUGCGCCGACGCCCACGGCCAGCUGGACCUGGAGCGCGCGCCCGCGCUGGGCGGCAGCUUCGCGGGGCUCGAGCCCAUGGGGCUCAUCUGGGCUCUGGAGCCCGAGAAGCCCUUGCAGCGGCUGGUGAAGCGGGACGUGCAGACGCCCUUCGCCGUGGAGCUGGAGGUGCUCGAGGGCCACGAGCCCGAGGCCCAACGGCUCCCGGGCCGGGCGGUGCACGAGGGCGACUUCCUGCCGCCGGGGGUGCGGCGCGAGCCGGUGCGCGCCACGCUCUUCCUGCCGCCAGAAGCUGGGCCCUUUCCUGGGAUUGUGGACGUUUCUGGAGCUGGAGGUGGCCUUCCAGAAUAUCGAGCUAGUCUGCUGGCUGGGAAAGGUUUUGCUGUGAUGUCUCUGGCUUAUUAUAACUAUGAAGACCUCCCCAAGGGCAUAGAGAACCUCCACCUGGAGUACUUUGAAGAAGCUGUGAACUACCUGCUUCAUCACCCUCAGGUAAAGGGUCCAGGAGUCGGGCUGCUUGGGUUUUCCAAAGGCGGCAACCUCUGCCUCUCCAUGGCGUCGUUCCUGAAGGGCAUCACCGCGGCCGUCAUAAUCAAUGGCUCUGUGGCCAAUAGCGGCGGAAACUUACACUACAAGGGUGAGACACUGCCGCCUGUGGGUUCUGACCGAGGUCGAGUCAAGGUGACCAAAGAUGGCUUAGCAGACAUUUCGGAUGCCCUGAACAGCCCUUUGGAAGGCCCUGACCAGAAGAGCUUCAUUCCCGUGGAAAGGGCUGAGUGUGCCUUCCUCUUCCUUGUGGGUCAGGAUGACCACAACUGGAAGAGUGAAUUCUAUGCGAAUGAGGCCUCGAAACGCUUGCAGGCCCAUGGUAAGCCGAAGCCCCAGAUCGUCUGUUACCCCGGGGCGGGGCACUACCUUGAGCCUCCUUACUUCCCCUUGUGCCGGGCCUCCAUGCACGCCUUGGUGGGCCGCCCUGUCAUCUGGGGAGGGGAGCCCAGGGCUCAUGCCAGGGCCCAGGUGGAUGCUUGGCAGCGGCUCCAGACUUUCUUCCACAAACACGUGGGUGGGAAGAAAGGGUCGAUCCCAUCCGUGCUGUAGUCUUUCAUCUGACUGUGUGGCAUCUCUGAUGCUACUCUGUCCUGGGAACAGCUGUAUACACA